CAGGCGCAGUAAACUGACCUUCCACGGUCUGGGCUCUUGUCCUGCAGUCAGGCGAGGACACCGAAUGAUAUUCACACAGAGAGAGUUUCUGGGUUAUUUUUAUACAAUAAGGGGCAACUAUGCCAACGCUGGAUGUCCCGACUGUACAGGAGCUAAAUGUGGAUGAAAUCAAUGUUUCAUCUGCAGUGCUAAAGGCUGCUGCUCACCAUUAUGGCUCCCAGUGUGACAAACCCAACAAGGAAUUUAUGCUCUGCCGCUGGGAAGAAAAGGACCCAAGAAAGUGUCUUGAAGAAGGAAGAAAAGUCAACGAGUGUGCUCUAAACUUUUUCAGGCAAAUUAAGGGGAACUGUGCCGAGUCCUUUACAGAGUACUGGACUUGUCUGGACUACACCAAUCUGUCUGAGCUGCGCUAUUGUCGUAAACAACAAGAGGCAUUUGACAGCUGUGUCCUUGACAAAUUGGGAUGGAAGAGACCUGAACUGGGAGACCUGUCCAAGGUAACCAAAGUGGCAACCACCCGUCCACUCCCUGAGAAUCCCUACCAUUCGAGGCCACGUCCUGAGCCAAACCCUGCCAUCGAAGGUAAACUGGAGCCUUCCAAAUAUGGCAGCAGGUUAUUCUUCUGGACCUGGUGAAGCUGCAUCAGAAAGUACAGAAUUAUGUGUUCUGCCCAAAUGUAUUUGUAAUUAUUUGUAAAACACACAUUGCUGUAUUUUUGGAUGGAUCUUCAACCCUCUGACUAUUUAAAAGGAAAUAUUGAUUUCUGGCAACAAUUUCCAUUUAAAUACAGACUUGCUUUUCUCUGUGUAAAUGUAUUAAAGGAUUAAAUUCAGUGGCUUACACUUAAUGUAAAAUAAAAUAAAGAUACAGUCUCGAGUUAA